AUGAAAGAAUUUGAAAUGGCACUGCAAGAAUUAAUUGACAAAGAAGAUGCAGCUGAGACCGAGCAGAGGAUUGUUGAUGACCAGAAGAAAAUGAAGGACAGUGAAGACAGGAAAAAUGCUGAGAGCGGUCGAAAGAAGGCCAUGGAAAGACUUGGACAAACACAGAAAAGGAAAGCAGACGAGUGAAAGCGAUGGGAGAAAAAGGAAGAAAUGAUCAAGCGGCAGCGACACAGUGAGCUUUCUGAGAGAGAAAAAUGAACAGGCACAAGAAACAGCAGCUCGAGGUUGAGUCAAAGAAGCAAGAUAACUUCAUGCAGAUGAUGCUAAAUCAGCAGCAACAGCAACAAAGACAGAUGCAGGAUUUUCAGGCUCUGAUGAGUAUCCAGACAAAACAGCAAAAC